CACAUUGAGUUUAGCACGUGGAGAGCACGUGGCUAUUCAGGUCUUGACAAGUGUGCUUGAGCCUAUGACUCUUUCUCUCUCAAAUCUCGGAAGGAUGACUCCAAGCGCACUACAAAAGCAAUUGUUUCUACUGUUGAUACUUACGACCUGACAAACCAACUUUUUGACGACUUUACUUCACUUUCGAAGACUUCCUUAACCCUCUCACGUGUAAAUCCAACAUGACCCUGCUUGAAGUAAAUGAGGACUUCGAAGGAUAUACCCACAUCCGAGUCAGACUAGAGGGCAGCGGACCUAUGCACGAUCCUCAUCACUACUCUAGCCAGGAAAGAUUGGACGCCGAUAGCGACGAUGAUACACAGAAGAUCAGUGACACUGAGAGCUGCAAAGAGUCCGAUGAGGUCGUCGAAAUACCCAGAAGCCGCGACAUUGACUUGACCAAUCGCGAAAGCAUCAAGGACUUCAGACAGCCAGAGCAAGCAACACAAGACGACAACACAAAAUCAGGCCCCGAAGCAAGUGUAGAUGCAUCAGGGACAACCCAUGCACAAACGCAAACCACCGAAAACCUCAAGGAGAAAUUAGCAUCCACUCAAGACUACAUCAGGCAAAUCUUCACGCCGAAUUCCGAACCGGUGUCCAAGCCGCUGAGGAUCUUCUUGGAGUUCAUGUUCCUGACCAUUUUCGGCUGGAUAUUGUUUGCAGAAUCACCAUCAGAGAAAUGUGCCUGUGCACCAGAAGUACGAACGGAAAUCGUAACCAAAUGGUGUGACAUGCCCCCUGUAUUCGGUCCCACAGUAACCAUUACUGCGACCAUCAGAGAACCUACAAUUUUCCUUACAACGACAACUCUUGCACCAUGGCCCACGAAGACAAAGACUGUCGUAGCGAGUGAGACAGACAGAUGGCACAUGCCGCUUGUCCCAUUCUCCGCUGAAGACCUGGCGGAGAUAAUGAGGGAGUAUCUGGACUAGAGGUUCUCUCUUUCGGCAAGAGGAUAUACAGGUGUGGCUCGGAAAUUACAGAAGUCGAUGAAAUGAGUUUGGUAUGCUCUCUGCUGUCGGAGGAAGAAGUUGUGGCCAUUACGACGGGAGUUGGGGAAGGUGAUCUGAUUCUGA